AUGCCGGCGGCGGCGGGCGACGGGCUGCUGGGCGAGGCGGCGGGCGCGGAGGCGCGGCGGGCGGCGGCGGACGGCGGCUCCCUGCUCGCAGCCUGGCUCGGGGCCGCCGCGCCCCGGGAGCGCCUCCGCGACUUCCAGCACACCAAGAGGGUCGGCAACUACCUGAUCGGCAGGAAGCUGGGCGAGGGAUCCUUCGCCAAGGUCCGCGAGGGGCUGCAUGUGGUCACCGGAGAGAAGGUGGCAGUGAAGGUGAUUGACAAGAAGAGGGCCAAGAAGGACACCUAUGUCACCAAGAACCUGCGGCGCGAGGGGCAGAUCCAGCAGAUGAUCCGGCACCCCAACAUCGCCCAGCUGCUGGACAUCCUGGAGACUGAGAACAGCUACUACCUGGUCAUGGAGCUGUGCCCUGGGGGCAACCUCAUGCACAAGAUCUACGAGAAGAAGAGGCUGGAGGAGCACGAGGCCCGCAAGUACAUCCGGCAGCUGAUCCUGGCCGUGGAGCACCUGCACCGGGCUGGGGUGGUGCACAGAGACUUGAAGAUAGAAAAUCUGUUGCUAGAUGAAGACAACAAUAUCAAGCUUAUUGACUUUGGAUUGAGCAACUGUGCAGGAAUUUUGGGUUAUUCUGAUCCCUUCAGCACCCAGUGUGGGAGCCCAGCAUAUGCAGCCCCUGAACUUCUGGCAAGGAAGAAGUACGGGCCCAAAAUAGACGUUUGGUCCAUUGGGGUGAACAUGUAUGCCAUGCUGACGGGAACAUUGCCCUUCACUGUGGAGCCAUUCAGCCUGAGAGCCUUGUACCAAAAGAUGGUGGACAAAGAGAUGAACCCCUUUCCCACCCAGCUCUCCUCAGCUGCCAUCAACUUCCUGCGCUCUCUGCUGGAGCCAGACCCUGCCAAGAGACCAAACAUCCAGCAGGCCCUGGCAAACAGAUGGCUCAAUGAGAACUACCCUGGCAGGGCACCACCCAAUGUCACCUACCCAAACAGGAUUCACCUGGAGGACCUGAGCCAGAGCGUGCUGCUGCACAUGACCGAGAAGCUGGGCUACAAGAACAGCGAUGUGAUCAACACCGUGCUGUCCAACAGGGCCAGCCACACCCUGGCCAUCUAUUUCCUGCUCAACAAGAAGCUGGAGCGCUACCUGGCCAGCCUCAGGAAGGCUGAAGGCCAGGACAGUGUUUGCCACAAGAACCAGCUGUACCAGAUAGAAAAAUACAAGGCCAAUAAAGACUCCUAUGAGGACAAAAAACUCAAAGAGCAAGAAAAGAAAGGGGAGAUCCUUCACCGUCAGCUCCCAAAGAAAACUGAGAAAAGUCCAGUUUCAUAUAGACAGCCUUCUUCCUGUCUUAUCUCACAGAUCCAGAACACCAAGGCUCUGCUGAAGGACCGGAAAGUCACCAAGGCCGGGGAUCCGGACAAAGACUCCAGCGGCGCCGUGAGCCCUUUCCACGAGCCCCUGGCAGCCAGGACGGGCUGUGUGACCUCCAGCUCCCUGGAGUACCUGGAGGUGCAGCAGGCUCCCCCCAGGACCCCCCGGCUGCUCAAGCGGCAGGAGUCCCCGCAGCCGGAGCCGUCCCGCAUCGGGGGCCGCCCCAAGGACUCCCCCCUCAUCCUCAACAUCGUGCACUCCUUCGAGUCAGUGGACAGGGAGGAGCAAAUAGACCAGGUUUCCCCCUCUCACCAGUACAGAAUUUUGGGCUCUCCAAUGAAUUUCCCUUACAAAAGCUCCAGUGAAAGGACACUGUCGCCGCUCUUUCCCCCGGGGAGCACAUCCCCUGUCCACCCCACCCAGGUCUCCUUCACCUAUGAAGAGAAAGCAUAUACAGCAAAGGAAGAGGCAGUGUCCCCUACCCAGCUGGUCCCCAGCAACCCCCUGGGCAGCCCAAACUGUGUGAAAAGCAGGGGCAGGUUCCCCAUGAUGGGGAUCGGACAGAUGCUGAGGAAGAGGAACCAGAGCAUGCAGUCAGCCAGCGAAAAGCCCCUGGAAGCCAGGAUGCCUCAGCUGCAGCAGAUGAGCCCCACACAGAUUUCCUUCAACACAGAGGCUCUCAGCGGCCAGUGUUAGCCUGACAUCCUGGGAUUUGCACUGCUCUUCUCUGGGAUCUAACCUUUUUCCCCUUUGAGCAAGAAGGGAAAGCCACAGGCACGUUGCUGUCACCCCGCGGUGGUACAGCGCAGGAGAUCGGAGGUUUGCUUGAAAGGAAGGCGCUGUCCUGCAUAUUACAGUUGAAAGGAAAGGGCUCUGCUUGUGCUGUUAAGAAAUAUUCACAUUUGGCACCUGACUGUACAGUAAAACACCCUGCAAGGCUGAGUGGAUCUGCAUUUUCACUGCUCUCACCUGGGUGGAAGAACCACGAGCACCGAGGUUUGGUUCCCCCAGGGAAUCAGUGUCAGGCCAGGAUCUGUGCUGAGACUGUCCCUGCUCCACCUGCCUGUGCCACACAGCCCGUGCUGCUGCUGCAGGCAUUGCUCCUGGGCCAGGAGAGGGGCAAAUGCCAGUACUCUGUCCAAAGUGAGCUUGCUGACAAGCCCUGCCGAGAAGAUGGAGGUGGUAGAAAGCUUGAGUAAAGACACGAGAGGUCUAGCUCAGAAAAAGUGGGAAUAUUGGGAUUCAAAGCAGAUUUUGCUGUUAAUUACAUAAAGUAGGUAAUAACACAAUCAUUUUUUUCAUUAAGAAAACUGUGAUUAUUUAAAAACAAGUAUCAUCAUGUGGAAAUUCACUGCAUUGGUCCCUGUUACACCAAGGCAGCUUUGGACACACCUGAAGGCUUCUCUGAGGCUGCAGUGAAUUAAAGAGACUAAUAAAGGACACCUGAGCCUGUACCAAGUCCAUUUUAUACUCUAAGAUUGGUAAUGUAGUGGUUACCAAAAAUUGGGUAUUGUUAUCAGCAGUGGAGAUUGACUUUCUUAAAAGACACCAUGUUCUGUAUACCAGUCUUGUUUUUCUAAGUAAAUGAUACAUCUGAGAGAUUGGCAACAUCUCUUUGGUUCUGUCUCUGUCCUCAAACCAUUUCCUAUAAACGAGAAGGUUUAGCCAAA